UGGAGCCGGUAGGCAGGCAGUCGGCCAGUGCCGUGCGGAGAGGGCCGGGUGGCAUGGCGGCGGCCCCGCUACGCGCUCUAGCAGUGGCCGGUGGAGGCGAGAGUAGCGAGAGUGAGGAUGACGGCUGGGAGAUUGGGUAUCUCGACCGGACAGCUCAGAAAUUAAAAGCACCGUUACCUGUUGAAGAAAGGCAGGAAACAUUUAAGAAGGCUUUGACCACAGGCAAUAUUUCAUUGGUCGAGGAGCUCCUAGAUUCUGGCAUCAGUGUCGACACCAGCUUUCAGUAUGGGUGGACUUCCCUGAUGUAUGCUGCAAGUGUUUCCAACGUGGAGCUGGUUCGGGUCCUUCUGGACAGAGGUGCUAAUGCAAGCUUUGAUAAGGAUAAGCAAACUGUUUUGAUUACUGCAUGUUCUGCUCGUGGCUCAGAGGAAAAGAUCUUGAAGUGUGUAGAGCUACUACUUUCAAGAAAUGCUGAUCCAAAUGUCGCUUGUAGGAGACGUAUGACGCCGAUCAUGUACGCUGCCCGUGACGGCCGUCCUCAGGUGGCUGCUCUCCUUGUUGCUCGUGGGGCAGACGUUAAUGCCCAGGAUGAGAACGGCUAUACCGCUUUAACAUGGGCAGCACGUCAGGGUCAUAAAAAUGUAGUUUUGAAGUUGCUUGAACUUGGAGCUAAUAAAAUGAUACAAACCAAAGAUGGAAAGACACCAAGCGAAAUUGCAAAAAGAAAUAAACAUCUAGAGAUCUUCAAUUUGCUUUCCUUGACUUUAAAUUCUUUGGAAGGAAAGUUUCACCAGAUAACUAAAGAAGAGUCUAUUUGUAAACUAUUGAGAACAGAUUCUGAUAAAGAAAAAGAUCACUUAUUUAGUUCAUAUACAGCAUUUGGAGAUCUGGAAUUAUUUUUACAUGGUCUUGGACUUGAACAUAUGACAGAUUUAUUGAAGGAAAGGGAAAUAACUUUAAGACACCUUUUGACCAUGAGGAAAGAUGAGCUUGCAAAGAAUGGAAUUACCAGUAGAGAUCAGCAGAAAAUUAUGGCUGCCCUUAAAGAACUGGAAGUAGAAGAGAUAAAAUUUGGAGAAUUACCUGAAGUGGCAAAGUUGGAAAUCAGUGGUGAUGAGUUCCUCAACUUUCUUCUGAAAUUAAACAAACAGUGUGGCCAUUUAAUAACAGCUGUACAGAACAUUAUUACCGAGUUGCCUGUAAAUUCUCACAAGAUAGUACUAGAAUGGGCUUCUCCCCGGAAUUUUACUUCAGUUUGUGAAGAACUUGUUAGUAAUGUUGAAGAUUUGAGUGAAGAGGUCUGCAAACUAAAAGACUUAAUUCAGAAGUUACAAAAUGAACGAGAAAAUGAUCCAACUCAUAUACCGUUAAUGGAAGAAGUAUCUACAUGGAAUAGUAGAAUUUUGAAGAGGACAGCUAUUACAGUAUGCGGAUUUGGGUUUCUUCUUUUCAUCUGCAAGCUAACUUUUCAGAGAAAAUAACCCUAAUAUUUGUUUUUAUAACUUAUGUGUUCUUUAUUUAAAUUACCUAAAAAUGUUGCUUUUAACUAUUUGUCACACUGUAACUACAUUCUUUGCUGGAACUCUGUAGGAAGAAUUAUGAUAGUGUAGAGCAGGAUGGUCUUCUGUUUGUCAGUUUGAAUUGAAAAUAUAACUUGUUAAAUUUUUAUGUUCAUUUUGAUCAAGCAGUAAAUUAUAAGUGAUUUUUAAGUUUAAUCCUAUCCUAUGACUGUAAAUCACAUUCAAAAUAAAAGUUUUAUCUAAUAUUCUUUGACAUUUAAAAAAGUAUGUUCGUUUGUUACAGUGAAUCUACAGAAUGUGUAAAGUGUUCAUAAACAGUAGCUUUCUCUUAGUCUGUGUCUUCCCUUUCCGUUAUUAUGUAGUAAGGACUUUCUUAUUUAGUUUUUUUAGUUAUAUAUCAUUAUGUAGAAAUUAUUAAUUUGAGAAUAUUUUAGAGAAUGCAGAGUAUAGAUAAAAGGUGAAAAUUUUUAAUCAUUUAUUAAAAACAGGAAAAAUAUUUUAAAUGUAAAUUUUAAAAAGCAGAAAAUUUAGAGAGUAGUGUGGAAAGCCCAAAGCACAUUAGAAUUUUUUAUGUAGUGUACUUUUGGGAACAUAUGACAUGUACUGCGUGUAACAUUCUUGGGGAUGGUAUGAAAGUGAAUGGCAUUUGGCAUAUAAUUUCUCAUACCAAUCUAAAGAAGUAAUGCAUGAUUUCUUUAUGAGUUUUUUUUUUCAAAAUCAAAAAUAAUAUUCAGAUUAUAAAAGUGAAAAGGCAGGCCUAAUUUAGCAGAAGUAUAGUAGUUAAAUCUAGCUUUAUUUAGUACCACUUAGAUGCAGUUUAUACACAGUUAUUGAAAGGUAAACAUCAAACAAAGAAGAAGAAAAUUGUGGAAAAGAACAGCAUGAGGAAUAUUAUUAGUAGCACUAGUAGCUCUUGGUUAUACCAAAGCAGCAAGGUUUGAGUCAUUUUUUUUUUCUGAGAAUUACUCAACCAUACAUUUUUGGAAGGAAUUGGUGUCCGACAUUUUAACCUAAGUGCCACAGCAAGACAUUUUUUUUCUGAUAUCCCUCAUUUAAAUUUAAGGCUUCAAGUCUUAGAACUAAAGUAGAGAAUGGUUAAUAGGUACUUCUUUUAACACAGAUCAUGUUUCACUACCAGCCCAGUGCUCAGGCAAACAGAGGUGUUUAAUAAAUGUUACUUUUACUUUCCUUUAAAAAAAAAAAAAAAGAAACCUGUAGGAAAGUGACAGACAUACUACCUGUUUAUUUACAGUAUCUCUUACAUCAGUUCAUCUUUAAAGACCAUCAGUUGGCUAGAUGCAUUGCUAAAUUUUUUCCCUAACCAAACCAAACUAUGCAUCUCUUAAAUAGUAAGACAAACUAUGAAAAUGCAGAUUGAUAAAAUAUUUGCUUUCCAUAAGGAUAUAUAGCACAAUUCCUUAAAAUAUUGAUGUUUUAGUAGUAGCGGUGGUAAUAAUAAUCUGUCCCAGUAUAUGUCAAAUAUAAUUAGCCAUUCAGGGAAAAGAAGUACUGUAAAGUCCAUUGUAUCUGCAUUUUCUGAGUAUUUUCAUUCCCUUGACAAAUAUAAUUUUCAAAUUACAGACUGAGAAUAAGUAGGGCAGCAUUUGUUGUGAUUAGUUAAAUUGUUUCUUCCUGGGUAAAAUAAACUUUUUCUCCUGGUUUAAAGUUAGUUAUUUUAUCUUGUGUUUAAGUCCCUUUUUACUCUGAUUAUUUGACUUAAUUACAGUGCUUCACUAUGAGGGAGGCACGGUAUAACUUCUGGAAUAUUCAUUCUUUUAUAAGAUAGCUCAGUAAAAAUCAUUUAUCUUCCUUUUAUAGAACAAACUCAGUGGAGAACCUUCCUAAAACCACAGACAGAAGUGGUGUAAACCUAAUUUUAAUUCUACGUACUUGAAAAAAUUAAAACUUUAUUUUUUAUUAAUUGGUAGUUAGUUAGGAUCAGAAAAUGUUCCUGUACCUUUGGAAUCAACUUUGAAGCUCAAAUAACUCAUUAUAAGCACUGGUUAGAAUGCAGGUAUCUUUCAAAAAAAAAAGGAUGCUUGCUUGCCACUCUCCUCCAGCACCAUGCUUAGGGCCCUCCAGCAGUUCUAUUCCACGUCCCUGGUCUAUUCACUCACCUUUUUAUUUCUCAAUCAGACUUCUAAGACCUCUUUCUCUUGAUCUCAUUCUUAAAUAAUGGCCUUGCUUCUUAAUGUCCUGGGAAACAGAAUCAGUUAAAGAGGAACUUCCACACUGGGUUUCCUUUAGUUAUGUCAGCAAAUUCUUUUUGUAAAGGACCAGAUACUAAAUAUUUUAGCUUUUGCAGCCCAUAUGGUCUGUGUCACAGCUUUUUAACAUCGCCACUGUAGUGCAUUGCAGACAGUACAUAAAUUAAUAGAUGUGGCUGUGCUACAAUAAAACUUUACAAAUACAGGUGAUUUCCUGGAAUCAGCCCACCAAGCUAUUGAUUGCCAACCUCAGUCUAAUGUCAUACAGUUACAAAUAUGAAUUAAAAAUAAAA